UUUGCCUUAACCAACCCGGGGACCAGGAGCCACUUUGGUUUAAUUAUGACAAAAAUGGAAGAGAUUGGAACGUAAAAGGUGGCAAAAGACAAUCGCCAAUUUCUCUGUGGUCGUGUAAUAGUAUUACUUGUAAUGUCCCCAAACUGAAGUUAGUAAAUUACAAUAAAAUCCUGAGUGAUGAGUUGUCUGUGAUCAACAAUGGUCUUACUGUCCUCAUGAGGAUUCCAAAGACUGUGGAGGGAAAGCAGCCAUCUCUCUGUAUCAGCAGUCAGAUUGGACAUGUCUUUGAAGCCCAGCAGCUACACUUUCAUUGGGGCUCUGAACUGAGUACAGGAUCUGAACACAACUUAGAUGGUUGUUUUUAUGACGGAGAGGUGCACAUAGUUCAUAAGAAUUGCAAUUACAAAACCAACCAGGAAGCUGCUCUUCAUUGUAAUGGAUUUGCGAUUUUGGCUUUGCUUAUAAGCCAUCUAGAGAAUCCAGAACUACAAACACCUGCCAUGAAUGAGAUCUGCAAGCAAGUCUCUAAGAUAUCCAAAGUUGAUGAUGACUAUCCUCUUGAGGAAUAUAUGGCUUUGGAAGAUCUGUUUGUUAGCAUAGACACCCACAAAUACUUUGCCUAUCAAGGUUCCCUUACCACUCCGCCCUGCGCUGAAGCAGCUAUCUGGUUUGUUUUUCAGACACCUCUCAAAGUGCCCAAGGAACAUUGGAAAAACUUUUGGCGACUGAGGGAUUCUCGUGGUCAGCGUGUCCUCAACACAUAUCGGGACUUACAAGAUGACCAUAACCGACUUGUUUAUCGAAGUAGAGGCAAAAUAGUAAGUCUUCCACAUAAAAAGUAGUUUCAAAUUUAAAAAU